AUGGCGUCCCCCAAGGGGGCCGUUCAUAUUGGAUCCGCGUGGAUUCAAAAGAGAAUCAAGCUUAGGCCCCAAAAAAGAGGCAUCCAUUUGGUGACAGAUGAAAUUUUGAGGCAUUUGCCAGAGAUUAAAAAGUUUUCAGUAGGGCUAUGUCACGUUCAGAUACUACACACAUCAGCAAGUUUGUCAUUGAAUGAAAAUUGGGAUCCAAAUGUUCGCGUGGAUAUGGAGACCAUGCUUAACAAAAUAGUGCCUGAGAACCUCCCAUACAAGCACUGCGCCGAAGGUCCUGACGAUAUGCCAGCGCAUGUAAAAGCAUGCUUUCUGGGCUCUUCGCUGACGGUUCCUAUCACCGAUGGCCGAUUACAUGUAGGAACGUGGCAGGGCAUCUGGCUGUGUGAGCACCGGGACGAGGCGGGCGCGCGCAAGCUGGUGGUGACGCUGAACGGCUGCCCGCGCGACGGACCCACGCCCAACUCGCCGCUCUCACCGCUGGCGUCGACCAACAGCAGCAGAUAGGCCCGGCCGGCCCCGCCCCCGCCUCAUGAGCCAGCUGAUCACGGCGGCCGCGCCGCCCCUCUCCGCCGCCGGUGGCCGGCCGCGCCGCGUCAGCGCGGCUUGGGAGGCGCCCGCCGGCGUCGCCCCGUGCGCGGAAACGGUGAUCUAGUCGCAAUGAAUUUUAUACUGGCGCUUGUUACGUGUGUUGAGGGUGCGCGGGUGGGCCGUGUGGGGCUGAUGGAUGGUGUGGCCGCUCGGUCGAUCUCACGUGCCGCCGCACCGGUGGGGCUCAGCUGGCGCGGCCACCG